AUGCCCUCCGCAAGCACAUCGACUCCGGUCAAAUUGUCACUACCACUGGAGUACCAGCAAGAUUUGUAUGCGGAGCUUGACGAUGAGGAUGAACUUAUCAUCCUUGCACGUGGACUGGGUCUUCUUCGAAUCGUCACGAAUGUUUUACACUCCUAUGACGCAGCAGGAAACAACCUUGUCGUUAUUGUUGGCGCCGAUGAGAGGGAGAAUGGGUGGAUUGGAGAGGCUCUCGCUGAACAUGCCGCCGUGAGCGGCAGCCCAGCUGCGAGAGGCCUAAAUCUGGUAAAUACGGACAUGGUAAGCGUAGGCACACGUGAGAAGAUGUAUGUACAAGGAGGUGUUUUUAGCAUUACGUCCAGGAUUCUAGUUGUCGAUCUACUCUCGAAGCUCCUGAACCCGGAAGCUGUGACCGGACUGAUCGUCUUGCACUCUGAAAGGAUAGUGGCUACAUCCGUCGAAGCCUUCAUUGUGCGCAUCUAUCGGCAAGGGAACAAAGUUGGCUUCCUCAAGGCCUUCUCAGACAGCCCGGAGCCAUUCAUUGGAGGAUUUGCCCCAUUGUCGAGCAUGAUGCGCAACCUUUUCAUUCGAAAGACAUCCCUAUGGCCACGCUUCCACGUCACUGUGGCUAAGUCGUUGGAGGGGCGUAAGAAAGCCGAAGUCAUUGAACUCGACGUCCCAAUGACUGAUACCAUGCGAGACAUCCAGAACGCGAUCUUGGAGUGUGUCGAGGUAAGUAUUGGUGAACUCAGGAAGACAGGUACGGGCCUGGAAUUGGACGACUGGACGCUUGAUAGUGCACUUCAUAAGAAUUUUGAUGUCAUUGUCAGAAGACAGUUGGAUCCUAUAUGGCAUCGCGUCAGCUACAGAAUCAGGCAGAUUGUCAAUGACCUCACCGUUCUCCGAAGCAUCUUGCAUGCACUCCUCACCUACGACUGUGUUUCUUUCAACAAAUACCUGGACACUAUUCUCGCAGCGCAUCAGCCUCCUCCAGGCUCGAACCGUCAAAAUCAAUCACCUUGGCUUUUUCUAGAUGCAGCAAAUACUAUUUUUGAGACCGCUAAGCGUAGAGUCUAUGCUGGGAGGCCGACGGAAGGCGACACUUCGGGUCUGUCUAGCAACCUGCCAGGUUCCCUCCAUCCUGUGCUUGAGGAGCAGCCAAAGUGGGCGUUACUAGCUGAGGUUCUCGACGAAAUAGAACGAGAUGCUUACUUCAACCCAAGUCUUCGUGAUGACUCAAAUAAUAUAGUUCUAAUCAUGUGCUCAGAUCAGGGAACGUGCCGUCAGCUGCGUGAAUACAUUCAAAACAUGCAUAUCCAUCUCAGACCGGACGGAGAAAGUACCGCAGGAGAAGACGAAGACUAUUUCAAACCUUCUGCAGACUUCACGAUGAGGAGAAAGCUGCGCAAAUACUUGGACUGGAAAAGAGACUUCGCCAAAAUUAGUGCCUCGCUUUUCGCUGAAAAUCAAAAGGCCUUAGAAGGUUUCACUUCCGUGAGUGAUCAACGAGGCUCAAAAGGCUAUCGGGGCAAGGGUCCCCCAAACAAGAGACGCCGCGUUCGAGGGGGAGCUGCUACGGCUGCUGGUGGAGGAAGACCACUUUCUAGUGCGAUGCAGGUUGCUGAGGAAAAGGGAUCCCAUGUUGCUACGUUGAUGGCGGAAAUACAACCAGAUGAAGCAGAUCGAGAAUUGAAAGAUGAGACUGUGAUCGAUGACCUUGACGAUUUGGAAGACUUUUACGAACUCUAUGAUAUGAGCGAACUUGUUGUGAUUCACCCAUAUGAUGGAGACAUGGACGAACACUUGCUUGACGAAGUGAGGCCAAGAUACGUCAUUAUGUAUGAGCCUGAUGGGGCGUUCAUUCGGCGCGUUGAAGUUUAUCGGAGCUCGCACAACGAUCGAAACGUGCGGGUGUACUUUCUCUAUUAUGGAGGCUCAGUCGAAGAGCAACGGUACUUGAGCGCAAACAUGGCAAUCACAAUUACCCAUGAUCCGACAGCUGAUGAUCCUCAAGAGGCUUUUCUGCGCACGGUGAAUACCCGUAUUGCUGGGGGCGGCCGAAUUGCAGCUACUGCUGAGCCACCACGCAUUGUGGUAGACGUCCGCGAGUUUCGCUCGUCACUGCCCUCUUUAUUGCAUGGGCGUUCCAACAUCGUUGUACCUUGUAUGCUCACUGUGGCGGACUACGUCUUGACUCCCAGCAUCUGCAUUGAGCGAAAGUCCGUCCGCGACCUCAUCUCCUCCUUCAAAAGCGGCCGCCUAUUCAACCAAGCGGAGACAAUGCUCCAGCAUUACAAAUUUCCAAUGCUUCUGAUCGAAUUCGACCAGAACAAGUCGUUCACGUUUGACACAUUUGGCACCGACCAUACGACGGCCUCGCUUAAGGCCGACAAUCCAUCCGACUUGCAAUCCAAGAUCACGCUGCUCACAUUAGCCUUCCCACGACUAAAGAUCAUUUGGUCCAGCAGCCCAUAUCAGACAGCUGAGAUCUUUGAGGAACUGAAGAAGCAGCAAGAGGAGCCUGAUCCGAUCAAAGCCGUCCAGAUUGGCCUUGUUGCAGGUGAAGAUCCUAGUGACCAGAGCUUCAAUCAGACACCGCAGGACAUGAUGCGCGCCAUUCCUGGCGUCACGGAGAAGAACCUCAGCAGAAUCACUCUAGAAGUGCAGAGUCUCCAGGAAGUCAGCAACCUGACGGAAGAUGAGCUGGAUUUGAUCGUUGGCAAAGAAGCAGGCAGGCAAAUCCAUCGAUUCUUGAAUCGAAGCGUAUUAGAUGACUGA